CGCCGUGUCGCAAACCGAUGCAUUCCACACACAACCUGCCCUCAUUCGACCCCUUGAGACUGUUCCAUCUCGAGCAUCUCUUGCAUCCGCGCCUGCUUGGAUUGCUUCGUCUCCCAGCCAUACGACAACACAGCCGCGCCGAUCUCCAAGCGCUGCUGUCGCGGGUGUCGUGUUUCAGCAUUCAGGAACGCGGAACGCAUACCAAUUGGCUCGACGUUGCUAUUGUCGGCGUCUCACCCAUCUCCCCCGAGCACGACCCUUGGCCUUACUAUUUAGGCCGCUGCUCUCCUCUCCUCCACAUCUUUCCAACUCCUCCCGCCUCCACCCUUCGUCACCAUGGCACAAGCAGUGGGAAAGUACGCGGCAAACAAGCUGCUCAAGAAGCACAUGAAGCAAUACAAGGGCAAGAAGGUCGAGACCGGCAAUGACCCCUACUUCGCCAUGAUCGAAGACCCGCGCAAGCCCGGCAAAUUCAAAAAGGUCAAGAAGCAGGUGCCCGCCUACAUUCCCGAGCACGACGCCAACAUCCUUGCCGAUGUGCGCAAGUCCGCCUACCGCCUCGACAUGUGCCUGUUCAACUUCCUCGGCAUCCGCUUCGGCUGGGAGGCCGUCAUCGGCAUCAUCCCCGAGCUGGGCGACGCAAUUGGCGCCUUCCUCGCAUUCAAUGUCUACAAGAAGUGCUGCAAGGUCGAGGGCGGGCUGAGUUCGAGUGUGAAGACUCGCAUGAUGAUCAACAUCAUUGCAGACUUCCUGGUCGGUCUGGUGCCUUUUGUUGGCGAUCUGGCCGAUGCUGCGUUCAAGGCGAACACGAGGAAUCUGCGUCUGUUGGAAGUGGAGCUGGAUAAGAAGUACAAGCCGCAGGGCGCGCACGCAGAUGAGCGGAAUUUGGCUGGCGUGGAUGCGGCGACGAGGCGACGCAAUCGUGAGUCGGGCAUCUACCACAUCAACGACCCACCGCCUGCCACGGCCUUUGAGGAUUUUGACGACGACGAAGACAUCCAGCCGCCUGCGUACCAGCAGUCGCAACAGGUGCACCUAUCGCAGCCUCACCCUCCAGCUCAUCAGCAUCAGCAGCAGACGGGAAGCGUGCGUGUUUGAGGGAUUGCAUUGCUGAGGAAGCGUGUCGCGUUCGAGAGUCUGCAUUUCCACGGAACGCGCGAUGUUCCGAAGGGCAUUUCCUAGCUAGCGUAGUAUAGCCAAUGACCAAUGAUACCCCAUGAAUCGUACGCAAGCCAGGGAGAGCCUGGGCCGAGCAAGUGAAAUGUCAAGU